UGAAAAAUCCACUUCAACAAUUUUCAUCCAUAUUUUCUCUCACUUCCUGAAAACUCAAAGGCAGCCAUGAGUCUCUCUGCGAAUGACAAGGCCCAGGUGAAGAAGUUCUGGGCCAAAAUUGAAGGAAAGGCCGCCGAGAUUGGUGGUGAAGCUCUGGGCAGGAUGUUGGUUGCCUACCCGCAGACCAAGACCUACUUUUCGCACUGGGGGGAUCUUAGUCCUGAAUCCCCACAAGUGAAGAAACACGGUGCAGUCAUCAUGACAGGCGUGGCGAAAGCCGUCAAAAACAUUGAUGAUCUUGCCGGAGCUCUUUGCACCCUCAGUGAGCUGCAUGCCUACAAGCUCAGGGUGGAUCCUGCCAACUUUAAGAUCCUGGCCCACAACCUCAUCUUGGUUAUGGCCAUGUACUUCCCCGCAGACUUCACUCCAGAGGUCCACGUCUCAAUUGACAAGUUCCUGCAGAGCCUGGCUUGGGCUCUGUCUGAGAGGUACCGCUAAACUCCAGCAACGCAGAAGCAUCGACUGCCGGCAUGUCAUCCGACAAUGUCAACAACCCUUUCGAUAUGUAGGGGCUUGUUCAAUAAAAACACAAACAUAAAA